AAUAAGACACAUUCAUAUUAUUAUUAGUUACUAUUGUAAUAAUAUAUUGUAAUUGCUAUCUUUAUUGUCGUCCUCUGAUACAUUAUCAGGAAAGUAUUUCCUUUAUAUUUCAAUCAAGGCUGUAGUAAAUGGGGAAAACACUAUUUUGAAGGAAGCUCCGACCUCAGUUACACACACCCCCAGACAGUAAGAUGCAUCUCAUUAGACUGAGGUGUAGCCGGUCGCGCUGGCAAAAACGCUUUGUUCUGAGGAAAGGGUUGCUCCAGCUCCCGCUCCCGUCAUUUUCACUAUCUCUGUAUUUCACAGAAAACUUGGGCCGGCUUGUGAAUAAAGGGAGAUAACACAGCAGUGUUAAAAAAUAUCAGACAUAUUUUCAUGAAAGCGAUUGGGCAGCUGAGUCUAUGGUAACAUGUUCCAAUAACUCUUGAGGCUGAUGAAGAAGACUGCAGUGGUUUUGCACAGCCAGGGAAGCGUAUCUGUUAAUGAAGCAGUACAGAUGAAUCUGAUUAAACUGGAAACCGUUUUGUCCUUUAAAUGUAUUCGCAGCUAGGCUGAGCAAAGCAAGAGCAUCGAUGAGACCAAGAACUGGGAAAUUCCACUGAAUUUCCUCAUUUAAUUUUACGCCAAAAAAGGAUAUAUCAUCUGGACCGUCACCACUGAUUGCCAUAAACAUGAGAAAUUUUCUCGUUCAGUUGAGAUAGUAAAACAGCUUAGGUUACUCUGCAGUAAAGAUCGGAUGCUUAAAAAAAAAAAAAAAAAACAGUAUUGCAAAUAUGAUGAUAAAAAUGAUUCCAAAAUGCCCCAGAACCAAGUUGCCUGUGGGGGUUGCCCUGUGUGUAUUCGUGAUCUGCUGGCUGUAUAUAUUCCCAGUUUUCAGGCUUCCCAGCGACAAGGAGAUUGUGAAUGAAGUAUUGCGGCAGAGAAAACUGUGGAAGAAAAACCAAACAGGAAUCUCAAUAUACAGGAAGCUAGUGGAGGAGUGCUGUGACCCCAGGAACCUCUUUGCAGUGACAAAGCAGAACACUCCGCUGGGAAAGAACCUUUGGUAUGAUGGAGAGUUAUUCCACUCACUCACAGUCAACAAUGACACCUACUCUCUCUUCAUAAAGGAGAGUCCAUUGCAGUUGCCCUUGAAGAGGUGCUCUGUAGUCGGCAACGGUGGGAUCCUGAAGAACAGUGGCUGCGGUAAACACAUUGAUCAAACAGAUUUCAUCAUGCGGUGCAAUCUCCCUCCACUCUCCAAGCAGUACACAGAGGAUGUUGGGACCAAGGCACACUUGGUGACAGCCAACCCCAGCAUUAUUGAAAAGAGAUUUCGGAACCUGCUUUGGUCCAGGAAAGCGUUUGUGGAAUAUGUCAAAGCCUAUGAUUCAAGCUUCAUCUACAUGCCUGCUUUUUCCAUGAAGCCUGGAACUGACCCCUCUAUACGAGUUUACCACACUCUGUCUGAUGUCAGUGCCAACCAAACCGUCCUUUUUGCCAACCCAGACUUCUUGAGGAAUGUGGGGAAGUUCUGGAAGAGCAGAGGGAUCCAUGCCAAGCGUCUAUCCACUGGCAUGUUCCUUGUCAGCUUGGCUCUCGGACUUUGUGAUGAAGUGACACUCUAUGGCUUCUGGCCUUUCUCGUUGGACUUGCAGGAGAGGUUUAUAAGCCAUCACUACUAUGAUAACGUUAUGCCUUUUUCUGGAUUCCACGCCAUGCCAGAGGAGUUUCUUCAGCUUUGGCAUCUCCACCAAAGCGGCACUUUACGACUGCAAGUUGGCCGGUGCGAUGAAGAAGUGGGCUAGACUUUUCAUUGCAUUUUAUCAUGGAUGACAAGCAUUGGCCUUUCCUUUGGACAUAUUUCUUCAGUUGAUAAGGGAAGGUCAUUUUAAUGAGUGAGAGUGUGACUUUAAAAUUCCUUUUUUUAACUGUGAAUGCCAGUUUUGGGAUCCUGUAAAAAAAAUUAACUACUGAGAAAAUAGCUUGGCCUUCACUGUGCAAGGACUAAUUUUAGCUAGUACAUUAUGUUAUUGCUGACGGGUCAGGGUAAGGACAGCUUACUGUAAGUAAUUUUUUUUAUUUUAUUUUCACUCCAGCAUAAACUCUUUAGUUGUAACAACUCUUUCCAAGAUUGCCCCAGAGACAUCAAUCUGAACAAGCAAAGUAAACUAAUAAAGAAUCUUGAAAGCUUCGUUUUAAAAUUGUUAAAUCUGAAAGCUUAUACUCAUAGUCAGAAAUGGGGGGGAAAGAUAUGCAAAUAAGUAAGUACCAAUGUCCAUUUUAUAUCGAGUGACAGCAUAAGUAUUAUUAUUAUUUGUUUAUUUAGCAGAUGCCUUUAUCCAAGGCAACUUAGAGACUAGGGUGUGUGAACUAUGCAUCAGCUACAGAGUCACUAACAACUACAUCUCACCCAAAAGACGGAACAGAAGGAGGUUAAGUGACUUACUCAGAGUCACACAAUGAGUCAGUGGCUGAGGUGGGAUUUGAACCGGGGACCUCCUGGUUACAAGCCUUUCUUUAACCACUGGACCAGUCCUUCUGGAACUGUCAUAUGGCAAGAAACAGAUAUUGUGGAGAUUGACUGUUCAAAGACUUAAAUAUCAUAAAUACCCACUAGUGCUUUCAUCUGGCAACCUGAGAAAGCCAGGUUAAAGUAGAAUACACAUUACAAUGGUGUGUGAAGUACUACCACUAAUGCACGAAUCUGCAUAUUAAAUAACAUGUCAAGCUUUUGUAAAAUAGAAGUAAUUUAGUAGCUGAUUGGUAAACAGGAUCACCAUAUUCUAUGACCAGCAGUAGUAACUGUAACAGAUUUGUGCUCUAUAGACAACAUUCAUUUUAGAGUUGGUUCUUGUAACAUAUCCGCAUUCAGUUCUCUGCCAAAAAUGUGUGUAUUCUUUUUUUUGAUUUGUUUGUUUGCAAAUGCCUUACUACAUACUAUAGGUGCUUUUUGUGGCGUAUAGGCCUAUAUCUACAGUACCAAUAUAUUUUUCUAAUUCUGCAUUAAUGUUACAUGGAUUGUUUUGGGGUUUUUUUUUUCUCUGAUUUGAUAGAAGGAUCCAAGCUUAGAAAAUGCUUCACAGACAGGAUUACCAGUUCAGCAAACGUGUGCCAAUAACCAGUAUUGAACUUUGCAUUACGUCAUUGUCUGUCAUAACUGCAAUAAUAUCCAAGGAAAGUUUUUUAGAAAUAAAUUAAUUUGAAUGGAGGGGCAAUGAUCACAUUAAAAAGAAAAACACUUUCUGUACUCUUCUUGGCUAACAAAAAACAAAGGAAUAAAACAAAUCGAAAGAAAUCUAGAAAAAUACAGGAACAUUGAUUUCAGAAAUUUAAAAAUGUGGAGACUGUUCAGUUUGUCGUUUUUACUUUAUGGUAACAACAUAGCUCAUACUUACAAGCGCAAGGCUUGACAGAACAAGACUUAAACAGUUUAAAAAAUUAUGUAAAGUGUAUUAUAUAGAAUAGGAUUAAUGAAAUCCAUUUGAACUCAAAAGUUAGGCUUUUCUACUUCUUUGCACUUUGGUCAGCUUGAAGCUGGGAAGCUGGAUUACAUGGUCAAAAAUGACAGUACAUUUACGUAGUGCUACUAUGUAUUGCUUAAUUUCUGAGUUGCUUCAGUACACACAUGUAGUAGCUGAACAGUCAUUCAUUGAUUGUCAGUUUUAGGUAAGCAAAUGUAGUGCAUCCAGAUACUGGUCAUCUGGGGUUCUAAAACCAACUAGUAAGCAAGUAACUAUGACAAGCGAAAAAUAAUAAUUUAAUAAAAUCUGUUACUAUUUUACAGUGGCUCAUUAAAGACAGUAGGAAAAAAAAUAGAAAUAUGGUAUGUCGAGAUGACAAGAUAAAUUAUAUCUCGAUAUUUCAAACCGGUAUGUCGAGAUCACAAGAUAAAUUAGCUUGUGAUCUCGACAUAACACUUUUUAGUUUUUUUAUGUCCUCAAUGAGCCACCAUACCAUUUCAACAUGUCUUGAAACACAUAAAUAGGCAAAUACUGUAAUGUGUGGGUAAAAUCUUGUCUUAAAAUUAUUUUACUUAAACUACAGUAAUUGAGCAUUAAGCAAUACCAUUAAACUGGGUUGCCUGCUGAAACAAACCGACUCUGUAUGUCACAAUCCCAUGUUCUGUGUUGACACAGAACAGACAGAUUUGGUAUAUGUUAAAAGUGAAAUUAAGUGAUACUCAAAAUGUAAAAUGUUACAAUUAAGGAGUUAUUAAAGAUAUCUUGUUUAUGUAUUUUUCCAGUUCCAGUAAACACUCUGAAGGCUAAUAAACAGAUGUUGGGCUUCGGCCCGUUGAGAUAAUAAUGUUGCCAGGAACUAGGCCAUUCCAGCAGUGUUCAGGCUAGUGCCAGAAUUAUUAUUAUUAUUAUUAUUAUUAUUUAUUUCUUAGCAGACGCCCUUAUCCAGGGCGACUUACAAUCGCAAGCAAAUACAAAUACAUUCAGUUAUAAUACCAACCAGCACUUCAGCAUAUUGUCAGAAAGUGUUCUGAGGUACUGUGUUUUCUGUAUGAUUUCCAGUAUGUAAUCAUUUCUGUUCAAUUUGAAGGUGUACAUGUGCUUAUGUGCUUCUUGUUGGCUGGGAAAACACUUACUUUAGCUGGUAGAUGCUACUAUACCAAAAAUAAGAAAAAGGUGACAUUUCAGGUAAAAAAAAAAAAAAAAAAAACUUUGCCUACCUCAU